CUUCCUUCCUUUGGACCCGGAUCGAGCGAACAGGUGUGGAGAUGAUGGCGAGCGGGACGGCGCCUGGCUCCGCGCUCCGCGGGGCUCUGCGCGCCCGCGGGCGGGUGGCGCUGCUGCUGUGGCCGCUCGUGGCGACCUGCUGCUGCCGCUUGGCGUCGGCGCAGGAGCUGCCCCCGACAAACGGGGUGAACGGGUACAGCCUGCACCCACCCUACUUCAACCUGGCCGAGGGCACCAAAAUCACCGCCACGGCGACCUGCGGAGAGGACGACGCCGGCAGAACCCUGCAGGACCUGUACUGCAAGCUGGUGGGAGGCCCGGUGUCCGGAGACCCGAGCCAGACCAUCCAGGGACAAUACUGUGACAUCUGCAGCCAGGGCGACGGCGACCGCGCUCACCCCAUCACCAACGCCGUGGACGGAACGGAGCGGUGGUGGCAGAGCCCGCCCCUGUCUCGCAGCACGGAGUACAACGAGGUGAACGUCACCCUGGACCUGGGACAGGUCUUCCACGUUGCCUACGUGUUGAUCAAGUUUGCAAACUCCCCUCGUCCUGACCUUUGGGUCCUGGAGAGAUCCGUCGACUUUGGUCAGACUUACCAACCGUGGCAGUACUUUGCCUCCUCCAAGAGAGACUGUAUUGAGCGUUUUGGACAGAGUACCAUUGAGAGGAUCAGCAAUGACAACGACAUCGUCUGCACCACCGAGUACUCCCGUAUAGUCCCGCUGGAGAAUGGAGAGGUUGUCGUGUCCUUGGUGAACGGGCGGCCCGGGGCUUUGAACUUCUCCUACUCGCCGGUGCUGAGGGACUUCACCAAGGCCACCAACAUCAGGCUUCGUUUCCUCAGAACCAACACGCUGCUGGGACACUUGAUGGGAAAGGCGCUCCGUGACCCCACCGUCACCCGCAGGUAUUACUACAGUAUCAAAGACAUCAGCAUCGGAGGACGCUGUGUGUGUAACGGACAUGCUGAAGCCUGCGACGCCGAUGAGCCAAACAACCCCUACAGGUUACAAUGUGACUGUCGGCACAACACCUGCGGCCUGUCUUGUGACCAGUGUUGCCCCGGCUACAACCAGUUACCGUGGAAGCCAGCCACCACCUACAGUGCCAAUGAGUGUGAACCGUGUAACUGUCACCGUCACUCGUUUGACUGUUACUACGACCCCGAGGUGGAUCGGCAGAGAGGCAGCAUCGACAUCCACGGACACAACAGAGGAGGAGGAGUCUGCCUCAACUGCCAGCAUCACACCACCGGAGCCAACUGUGAGCGCUGCAUCCCCACCUACUACAGGUCACCUGACCACGGCAUCGAGUCCCCAUUGGCCUGCGCACCGUGUGACUGUCAGUCAGAGUUCACAGAUGGUACCUGUGAGGAUCUGACCGGUCGCUGCUUCUGCAAACCAAACUACACCGGAGAGAACUGUGACUCCUGCGCCAGCGGCUUCAUGAGCUUCCCAGACUGUUACCCCAUACCCAUCUCCAACAACAACGGCGAAGCCAAACCCGCAGGAGAGAUCAUCAACUGUGAGUGCAGUGCAGCCGGUACUGUAGAGAACUCCUGCAGGCCGGACCCCCGAACCCGCACCUGCGUCUGCAAACCGGGUUUCACUGGUGGCCAUUGCGACACCUGCGCUCCCGGUUUCUAUGGACCCAACUGUCAGGCCUGUCAGUGUUCAGGUCCCGGCUGUCUGGAUGGGUCAUGUGAUUUGGUGACAGGUCACAGUGUGUGCCGGAGUGGUUUCCAGGGUUACCAGUGCGACCAGUGUGCACCGGGCUACUUCAACUACCCGCUCUGCCAAUUGUGCGGCUGUAGUACAGUGGGCUCCUUGCCUGAAGGUUGCGACGCGUCUGGCCGUUGUCUGUGUAAACCAGAGUUUCAGGGUCCUCGGUGUGAGCAGUGCAAAUCUGGAUUCCACUCAUACCCCAACUGUCAAGUGUGCACAUGUGAUCCUCGCACCUCAUUGGACUCCAGCUGCACCGCGUCCGGUCACUGCCACUGCCAGCCCAACUACAGCGGCGUGUCAUGUGACCAGUGCGCUCCUGGUUACUAUGCUUACCCAAGCUGCACACCAUGCCAGUGUUCUGCAGAGGGCUCCCGCUACAUCAGCUGUGACCAGGUGACAGGACAGUGUGUGUGUCUGCCCAACGUGGCGGGGCUGCGGUGUGACAGCUGUGCACACGGCGCCUACGGCUUCCCCAACUGCAGAGCUGGUACCUGCCACCCUUCGGGCUCUGUUCAGUAUGCGGUGCCACCACCAGUGGGCCAGUGUGAGUGCCGUCGCCAUGUGGAGGGCCCGGCCUGUGACAAAUGUAAAGCUCUGUUCUGGAACCUCUCCCCUGACACUCCUGAUGGAUGCACCAACUGUGAGUGCAACACUGCAGGUACCAUCAGUGGGGUUGCAGAGUGUGCACAGGCGACUGGUCAGUGUUACUGUAAGCCCAACGCCUGCAGUGGAACCUGCUCCACCUGUAAAGAAGGCUAUUACAACCUGCAGGAGCACAACUACUUUGGCUGCCAAGGUUGCCAGUGUGACAUUGGAGGUUCAGCGGGUCAGUCUUGUGGAGAGAGGAACGGCCGUUGUCGCUGCAGACCUAACGUGGAGGGACAGCAGUGUAAUCUACCUCGUCCAGAUCAUUACUUCCCAGACCUCCAUCACCUGAAGUUUGAGAUUGAGGAGGGGACCAUGCUGGAUGACCGGCCAGUGCGAUUCGGCUACAACCCUCUGGAGUUCCCGGACUUCAGCUGGAGGGGUUAUGCUCAGAUGUCCCCCGUCCAGUCCAAAGUGUUGGUGACGGUGUCGGUCAGCUCUCCAGACCUCUUCCAUGUGGUGCUGCGCUACGCCAAUAGGAGGGGUUCGGAUGUCUGGGGCCGGAUGUCGGUUAUAGACGAAGGCAUGAACUACUACUGUGGUAACUGUUCAGAGCAGUCCAAACAAAUUGUUUUUGUUCCCAGUAUGGAGCCGACUUUUGUCAACGUUCCGCAGAACAAUUUUGUGGAGCCGUUUGUCCUGAACCCGGGAACCUGGACUGUUGUUAUAGAGGCAGAAGGAAUCCUGCUGGACUACCUCGUACUUCUGCCCAGUGCCUACUACGAAGCCCCCAUCCUGCAGAUCAGAGUGACUGAGCCCUGCUUCUACACCUCUGUGCCUGAAGCCAGCCACAACUGUCUGCAGUACAGAUAUCUGUCUCUGGACUCCUUCCCCUCCAUCUCCGGCAAUGAUGCCAGCUGUCGCAACGACAACCACCUGCCGCGCCCCUGCCCGACUGAGAAGGUGACCCCGCGUCACCCAGACAUGGCCGUCUGCAGCGGAUACGAUAUCAGCGUGGAGCUGCGAGGACGUCUGCCGUCUGCGGGCAAUUACGUUCUGGUGCUGGAAUACUCCAGUGAGGAAGAGAUGCCACAAACUCUGUCCGUCACUGUAAACGUGGCGGGAGCACGAACACACAAGCACCGCGUGACCCUGCAGCACUGCAAAUACAGCUUCCUGUGUCGAGUUGUGGCGAUCGACGGACAAAGCAGAGCGGCCGUCUUUUCUCUCCCCUCCGAUGCCGAGAUCCAGCUCAGCUCCGACCGGGCCAGCUUCUUCCUGCACAAAGUGUACCUGGUGCCUAAAGACGAGUUUACCAUGGAGUACGUUAAACCUAAAAUCCACUGCAUCAGCACUCAUGGACAGUUCUCACCUGACAGUUCCUCCUGCAUCCCCUCACGCUUCCAGACGCCGUCGGACUCGCUGGUCCUGAAAGAAGGCCAGAGCUCUUCCAUGCAGGAGCCCGUCCUGGCCUCCCCAGCAGCAGCUUCUCCUCUGCCCUCCUACCAGAGGGUCAACCCGGCCUGGACGGGAGGAGACAGGCCUCCCCACGGAGCAGAUAACGGCGACCAUAUCAGGCUGGAUUCAGUGCAGAAUGCAGCAGUGUACUCCACCCGUGUCCAAAGCCUGGGACGUUACGUCUUCAUCCUCCACUAUCACCAGCCUCUCCAUCCCAACUACCCCGUGCAGGUGUACAUUAAUGGUGGACGGAUCUGGCAAGGCUACGCCAACGCCUCCUUCUGUCCUCACGCUUACGGCUGCCGUAACGUCCUGGUGUCUGAGAACCAGAUCAUUCUGGAUGUGACGGACCACGAGGUCUUCCUCACCGUGCAGAUACCUGCUGGCAAGACGCUGUGGCUGGAUUAUGUGUUGGUCGUGCCUGAGAGCAGCUACAGCUCCAACUCCCUGACCGAGGAGCCUCUGGAUAAAUCCUACGACUUCAUAAGCAACUGUGGACAAAGCAGCUUUUACAUCAACCCCGCCACCGCUUCUCCGUUCUGCCUCGGCUCGGCGGCGUCUCUGUCGGCCUUCUUCAACAACGGGGCGCUGCCCUGUGCCUGCCACGAGGUCGGCGCCGAGAGCGACACCUGCGAGCAGUUUGGCGGCCAAUGCCGCUGCCGGCCCAACGUGAUCGGCCGGGACUGCUCCAUGUGCGCCACGGGCUUCUGGGGAUUCCCCAACUGCAGGCCCUGUAACUGUGGUACGAGGUUAUGUGAACCAGUGACCGGCGACUGUAUCUGCCCUCCGAGGACCGUGCUGCCUGAGUGCACCCAGUGCGAGCCCCAGACGUUUGGCUGCCACCCGCUGGUCGGGUGCGAGGUCUGCAACUGCUCUCGGCCGGGCAUCUCCUCCCCCGAUGUGAAUUGCGACACCUUCAGCGGGCAGUGCAGAUGUAAGGACAACGUCGUUGGACGUCAGUGCGACCGCUGCUCCCCUGGUUUCUACGGUUACCCCAACUGCAGGCCGUGUAAUUGCAACGAGGCCGGAACCGAAGAGGAAGUGUGCGACUCGUACACAGGACAGUGUCUGUGCAAGGAAAACGUCCAAGGUUCCCGAUGCGACCAGUGCCGACUUGGUACAUUCCAUUUGGAUCCAACCAACCCCAAGGGCUGCACCAGCUGCUUCUGCUUCGGAGCCACCGACCGCUGCCGCAGCUCCGAAAAGAGACGCAAAGAGGUGAUGGAUAUGGAGGGCUGGGUGUUGCUUGGAGCAGACCGACAGGAAGUGCCGGUCGUGGUGUAUCCCGAUCAGGACCUUGUUGAGGCUGACCUCAGCGAUGUGCCCGAUGUCUACCAGGACAUUCACUGGCACGCACCAAAGACUUACCUGGGAGACAAGGUCUCCUCCUACGGAGGUUAUCUGAGGUAUCGUCUCCACACUCAGACCAUGAGAGGAGACGUGUUGUCUCUGCCUGCAGAAGCCUCCAGGCCUGAUAUCAUUCUCAAGGGUAACCAGAUGACCCUGGUGUUCAUGGAGAGGGAGUACUCCUCACCUGAGGAGCCUCACCUGGGAAUCGUUCACAUGGUUGAGGGAAGUUUCCGUCACGCUCAAACUGGUAACUCUGUGUCUCGGGAGGAACUGAUGAUGGUCCUGGUUGGUCUGGAGUCUCUUCAGAUCCGAGCGAUACACUCCCAGUCCGCCCACUCGGUGUCGUUACGCGGCGCCGUGCUGGAGGCCGCAGAGAAACUGCCUGCCGGUCGCCAUGCCAACAACGUGGAGAUCUGCAUGUGUCCUGCCAAUUACAUGGGAGACUCUUGUCAGAAAUGUGCUCCGGGUUACUACAGAGACACUAUUGGCCUGUUUUUGGGGAAAUGUGUCCCCUGUAAUUGUAAUGGACACUCUGACCAGUGUGUGGACGGAUCUGGAAUCUGUUCGAACUGCCGGCACAACACAGCCGGGGACCACUGUGAGAUCUGCCAGGGUGGGUUUCUCGGCAACAACAGCCUUGACGGACAGGCAGUGGCAUGCUCCAGUUGUCCCUGCCCACUAAGGGUCGCAUCCAACAACUUUGCAGAAGGCUGCGUGCAGAAAACCGACAGGAUGCAGUGUUUGUGUAUGCCGGGUUACGCUGGACCUCACUGUGAAAGGUGCGCCCCUGGUUACUACGGCAACCCCAUGGUGCUGGGCAGCCGGUGCCAGCUCUGCCAUUGCCACGGCAAUACGGACCCCAACAUGCUGUUCACAGACUGCCACCCGCUGACGGGGGAGUGUCUCAGCUGCAUGCAUAACACGGGCGGCCCUCACUGUGACAUCUGCGCCCCUGGUUACUACGGAGACGCGGUCACUGCCAAAAACUGCACUAAGUCUAACUGCUCCCCAUGUGGCACCGAGUCAUGUGACCCUCAAACUGGACAGUGUCGCUGUAAAGCUGGAGUCACCGGACCGAGCUGUGACCGCUGUGAAGUCGGCUCAUUUGGCUUCGAACUGUGCUCCGGUUGCCGUCAUUGCGACUGCGACGCCUCCGCCGCCCUCGUACAGACGUGCGACCCUCAGAGCGGUCAGUGCGCCUGUCAGCCCGGCGUCAACGGGCCAAACUGCAAACAGUGCGCUCCUGGAUACUGGGACUACGGACCCAACGGAUGCAAGAAGUGCAGCUGUAGAGGAGGUCGCUGUGACCCGCGCACAGGAGAGUGCCGCUGUCCCGACGGGAUGACAGGAAAACAGUGUGACACCUGCAAGCAAAAAUACAGCGUGACCGUGGAGCACCACGACGGCGUGCACUGCGAACCGUGUGACAGCUGUGUCAUCGUCUUGUUGGAGGAUCUUGACAAAUUGAACGACGACUUCAACUCGGUAGCCGGUCAGCUGAGCAGCCUGAACGCCAGCUCCAUGGCCUGGGCUCAGCUCCACGGCCUCAACAAGUCUGUGGAGGAAACCGCCAGCGCCCUCGAGAACUACAACAGUACGCUGGAAGACAGCAGGAGUCGAGCUGACCUGCUGGACGCCGAAAUCACGAAUAUCAUUGAUGACAUUGAUGAACUGCACGGCAAGGCGACAGUGUUGACUGACAGGGUCGGUGACCUGCAGGACAGAACCAACAACACACACCAGAGGGCCCAAGACCUGCUGUCCUUCAUCAAAAACAUGACUAUGGAUUUAAAAGACAUCACGAUGAUGGCAAACCGGACUUCGCUGAAUGACACCGAGGCCGAGUACGACAACGGGGACAGGGAGAAGAAGAUGAGGGAUGUCCAGGCCAUGCUGAGGGAGAUGAGGUACAGGAGUUGUGUGGGACAGAAGAAACUGGCUGACAAAGAGAAGACUGCGGCGCAGAAAUUGCUGGACCGCGUUACCAAGGAGUUGGCAGGUCGUCAGGUGGAAAACAGCGACUUGGCCAGAGCCAUCAGAGACCGCUUGGCCGGCUUCCACUCGCAAAUGAUGGACCUCCGAGACGCCCUGAACGAAGCCGUGAACAACACUGCCGUCGCCGCGGAGAUCAACAACGUCAACGAGAAGACUCUGGAGGACAACCAGAGGAGGAUAGAAGACGUGCUCUCAAAGCGGAAGGAGGUGAUCGACCAGCUGUCCAUGGCAGAAGACGACGUAGCGCAGGUCAACGAUGCCUUGUCCAUGCUGCACGACUCCAAAGAGGAGUACGAGCGUCUGGCGGCCCAGCUGGACGGCGCCAGGACACCUUUGGAAAAGAAAGUGGAGAACUUUGCGUCGGUCGACUCCAAAAUUCCUCUGGUGGAGGAAGCAGAGAAACACGCUGAGCUGCUGAACACUUUGGCCAUGAACCUCUCCAGUGUGGUAACCGAAACCAAGAGGGAUGGUAUUGUGGAUGUAACACAAUCCUACAACAAGAUCAUCAGGAGUAUCAAAGAGGCAGAGGAGGCAGCCAACAUGGCCUACAAGGCUGCUAACGACACAAUGGAGAACAUUAAGGACCAGGAUCUCGGCCAAAUCGCUGGUUCUCUUAAGAACCACAGUGUAGAGCUGAAGGAGGAGGUCAAGGAUCUAAGUGAUGAACUCAACAACGAACUGAAGCCACAGCUGGAAGAAGCUCAGAGGCGACUAGACGAAGCCAAAACCAAACAGCUGGAUGUGAGGAAAGACCUGGCAGAUGUUCAAAACAACCUCAACUUCACUACAAACGCGAGUCAAGAGAUCGACGAGGCAAAGCAAGCAGCAGAUCUGGCAAACACCACGGCAACGCGAGUCAGCGAUGCCCUGCGUCCCAUUAAAGAGCAGCUGGACCAAUGGGAGCAGACUUAUGGAGACGCCAACUCCACCAAUGAUGACAUCAACAACGUCCUGAUGGAGGCCAACAAGACUGUGAACGCACUCGGCGAGACUAUUCCUUUGCUCAUGAAGAAGCUGGAUAAACUGCAGAACCAAUCCGUACUGAUGCCAAACAUCUCGGAGAACAUCAGCCGCAUCCGGCAGCUCAUACAGCAGGCGCGCAACGCUGCCAGCAAGGUGAGCGUGUCGGUAAAGUUUAACGGCUCGUCCAGCGUCCAGGUCCGUACUCCUCGUAACCUGGCCGACCUGGCGGCCUACACCUCCUUGAAGUUCUACAUCACUCUGCCGGAGGCAACGCGAUCCAGGCGGCAGGACGACAGUGACCAGCAGUUUAUCUUCUACCUCGGCAACAAGGAUUCAAGUAAGGAGUUCCUGGGCCUGGUGUUGGUGGGAAAAAGACUGCAGUGGUACUUCAAUGUCGGAGGAGAAACUGCUGCGGUGCUCAUGGCUGAAGAUGUCAUGUCUAAUGGAAACUUCAACAGCGUGGUGCUGGAAAGGAUCCUACAGUACGGCCAAAUGUCCAUGUCGUCAGAAGCCUCCGAGGGGGACCAAUUGGUCACCAAAGCCUACGUGGAAGCUGCGGGGGAUCAGGGGUUGCUCAACCUGCUGACCGACGACACCGUCUUCUUUGUGGGGGGAUAUCCAAGUAGUUUUAAGCCCCCCCCCCCGCUGGCUCUGCCUUACUUUAAGGGCUGUAUCGAGUUGGAUACGCUCAACGAGGAAGUGCUCAGUCUGUAUAACUUUGAAAACAUCUUCCAACUUAACACCACAGCGGAGAGACCUUACGGCAGGUCCAAGCCGAUAGCGACUCAGCCCUGGGUGAACGACGCAGCUUACUUUGACGGUACCGGCUUUGCUGAGAUCACCUUGUCUGGUGAAACGACCUCCGUUCAGCGCUUUGAACAGGAAGUCAAGCUGCUCUCGCACAAAGGAAUACUGCUCAUGCUGCAAAAGGAGAAUCACUUCCUGUGUCUGGCGGUACUUGGGGGCAGGCUGAAGGUUUUCUAUGACUUCAGCGGUGAACUGAUGGAGCUCGAGCCCAAAGACCCUUCAUCUGAAUUCCUGAUGAUCAGUGACGCAGACCCCAAAGCUCUGGAGAUCAUCAUCAUGCGAAGUACGAACCUUAUGGUGGUGAGAAACAACCGCGUUGGCCUCUACACCCACAAGUUCGCAGAGAGCAUCCCUGAGUUCGGCAGCAGCUACUACCUCGGAGGAGUACCGGAGCAGAUGAUGCCUGAGAAGUUGAAGACUGUGUUUUCAAAUCGGGGUGCUGUGAAGGGCUGUUUCAGGAAUGUGAAGGCCCAGACUUCUCACAUCGACCUGAAGAGGAUGAAGAACUCCGGAGUCAGUUUUGGCUGCGACAGUGACCUGUUGGUUGCUCGGGGGGCUUAUUUCUCUGGUCAGAGCUACCUGGACUUGUCCCUGUCCAACGUUCCCACUCUUGGAAAUAACUUCUACUCCAGCUUCGGCUUCAGGACCGGGCAGAAGGAGGGACUCAUGUUCUACCACCACGAUCAGGACGGAGUGUGUCAGGUGCUAUUGCAGGAGGGCCGGGUCAUAGUGAGAGCUGGCGACCGUGAGAUUAAAACGCAAAAGACGUACAACGAUGACAACAGCCACUACAUUGCUCUCUACAACAACAUCAACGGGAUGCGUCUGUAUGUGGAUGACGUGCUGGAGAAGGCCAAGGAGGGCACGGUGGAGAGCGGGGGGCCUAGUGUCACGACCACGGAGGGAAGCACCUUCCUGGGAGGAAUGCCCGACCAGAGCCUCGCCAAUCUCACAGGAUGUGUCAGCAAUGUUUUCAUCAGGAGUGAAAAGGGUGCUCAGAUGGUAUUGAACCUGCUCAAGGUGAAAGAAAACGUCAACGUUCCUCUCGCCUGUCCUGCUGCCAAAAAACCUCAGCAGAUCGUCGCUGCCCGGCCCAAAAACAGCAACAAAUCCAAGGGAAAGAACAAGAAGCCCUCUGGGGCUCGGAGCCGUAACACCAGGGCGUCCUGUCGGGGCGAGCGGACGGACCGGGAUGCCGGAGCGACGCACUUCAGCGGCUCCACACACAGCUACCAGAGAUACACCCUGCAGGCCGGCUCGCUCAGUUCAAUGCCUCAAAUCUCCAUGGCGGUGAGGAUCAACUCCUCUGAUGGCUCGGUGCUGUACGCAGCCGGCGGACCGCGCGGCGCGGCUGUGAUGUCACUCAGCGUGUCAGGCGGCCACCUGUUGCUCUUGCUGGACGGAGGGAAGAGGAAGGUCAGCCUGCGGAGCCGCAAGAAGUACAACGACAACCAGUGGCACAGGGUGUUUAUAAAGCGCCAAGGAGAGAAGAUCAGCCUCAUACUGGAUGGUAUCGACGCCCAGUCAAAGAGAAUCCCCGGAGGAGACGGGACUCGUCUGUCUGGGCUUUCUUUAUAUGUCGGAGGAGUCCCGCCCUCGCUGAGGGCUCCAGGCUCUAGUGGCUUCGCCGGUUGUGUCAGGGACCUGACGCUGAACGAAGCCCGUCCAGGGAGCCCCGCUCACAGCCAGGGGACGGUCCCCUGCUUCCAGAGUCCUCUGCAGCCCGGAGCAUAUUUCUCUGGCCAGGGAGGACACAUGGCGAUAGAUGAGUCCUUAGUUUUGGGUCGGGAUCUGGAAAUCCAGUUGGAGGUUCGGCCCGUCUUGGACUCUGGGCUGCUGUUUCAUGCUGGGACAUCACCUGACCAGCGCCUGAGUUUGGUCCUCAACCAGGGAGAGGUGACGGUUUCGUUUAACAGCGGUAAAGGUGAAUUCUCUACCUCCUUCACUCCUGAGGAACCUCUAUGUAAUGGCCGCUGGCACACGAUCACAGUGGUGAAGAAGAACAAUGUCCUGCAGCUCCAUGUGGAUGGAGAUACGCAGCACAGCGUCGGCCCCAAACAGAGCCGGUCUGCGGGGUCCAAAGAGACCGUUUACCUUGGAGGGGUACCCGACGGCGUCACCGUCCCGGGUCUACCUGCAGGUUUGCCGGUCUUUCACGGCUGCGUCCGCGCAGUGACGAUCAACCGCCGACCCGCCAUGUUGUCCAAGCCCCUCGCUGUGCACGGAGCCGUGGGGACGCAGGGCUGCCCUCACAUGUAAACCCAACACACACUCAAUCUUAUCCUCACAUACCCGACUGCAAAUUACUGGUGGUGGGUGUCAUGUUACUGUAGCUAAUUUAAAAUAUAUAUUAAUAUUUAUUUUCUAUUUUCAGAAAAAUGUAUAUUUUCUAUUUUACAGUUUGUUGUUGCAAUAUUACUGGUUUGUCUUUGUGCUAGAGGGUGCUAUAACGACUGCCGCCGCAGAGAUGCACUGAUACAAGGGAGCGAACAUCAGCGCUUUAAUUGCCUGGCUUUUGGAAGCAAAAGGUGCAAGAUUCAUUUCCUGAAUCCAGUGUUUCCCCUACCAUUAAAUUAGCGCCACCCUGAAAAAGUCUGGAAUUUAAAAAAAUCAAAACAUUUGCUUAGCAGCAGUAGGGCCGAUUCGCCUCGACACCAUCGGACAGAGAUAACUACCUCCCCCCCCCGAGGUUGUAAACCUAGGUGAAACACUGCAUUAUAAAUAGUUAGAAAUACAUGCAGCUGUGUAUUGUGCAUCUCUAGCAAAAUGUUAAGAGUCGGUACACUGUGAACCCGUAUGUAUGAGCAAUGUCCCCUGGAACUGGCACUAUGACUGGACAUUUUGGGAUCAUUAAGAGUCUCAGUGAAAAUCCAAAACGCAAUUAUAACCAUUUAGGUAGACGAUCGCUGCCUUCUUUGCCUCACAAUCCAUUUUAAUAUUGCAGCUUUCAGGUCAACCACCACUAGAAGGGUGCACAUGUCAAUAUCCCAAUCAGAAAGGCGUAAUGUAUCUGACGUCAGUCAUUCCGGGUAAUAAAACCCAAAUUUACUGGAAUUAAUUCCUAUAUGAAGAUAACUAACAACCACCCCAUCUGCCAGCUCGUGUGCUGACUCAGGGAACAUUUCCCAUCUCUAUUCCAUCAUAAUUGUAAACAUGUACCAAACAUGUGUGUGAAAUCUUGUAUGUAAUCUAACCACUUUUAAAAAGAAAUUCACAAAGAAUAAGCUAUCACUCCCAGACCCCAUGUUUCUAAAUGUGUUUAAAUAAAAUCUUUUUACAAAU